GACGCUGCCGGUUACCGUGGGGAGUGACCCCCCCCUUCGCGGUUUCAGGUGUCCUCAGGGCCCGAAGCGCUAGGAGCCCGUGGGCGUGUUGAGGUCCCCGGUGGGCGCAGGGCAGCUUUGGGUGCCUAUCUACCCAGCCCCGCGGCCCCAGUUGCCAUGGAAAUCCUAGGACAGGCGCACAGGGGGACUUGGAGGCCCAUGCCCCACCCCAACUCCUCCGCCUGAUCUGGUCUGUAAAGGAAGAUGCUGAAGCCGGACGGGGGGACGGGGAAGCACGGAUGGGGGAUGGCACGGACCAGGUUCCCGGCUAGGGCUCUCUGGGGAGCUGCCCUGAGCUGGAGGGGGCAGGGCUGCCGGAUGCUCCCAGCUAAUUGGGAGGAGUAGGAGGGUGAUGACGUCAGUGCCCACGUGGGCGAGGUACGCCUCCACCGGUUGCCUAGCUGCCAACAGCCUCUUCGAAGGAACUCAGGAGCUGGCAGCUCCACUGGGGCACCGCUGGUCCAAGGUCGUUGAACUUUUAUUCAGCCUUUCAGGCUAGGGACCUUCUCGGGGGGCUACGUGCAUGUGCUGAAGGGUGUGCUCUCCGAGGAGCUCCUCAUCCAGAGCUUCCAGAAGAUGGGCUACGUGCGCAGGGACAGCCACCGCCUGAUGGUGACCGCUCUGCCCCCUGCCUGCCAGCUGGUGCAGGUAGCCCUGGGCUGCUUCGCCCUCCGGCUGGAGUGUGAGAUCCUGGGUGAGGUGCUGACCCAGCUGGGCACCAGUGUGCUGCCAGCAGAAGAGCUGCUGAGGGCCCGGCGGGCCAGUGGGGAUGUGGCCUCCUGCGUGGCCUGGCUGCAGCAGCGGCUGGCCCAGGACGAGGAGCCACCACCUCUGCCUCCCCGGGGCGCUCCUGCUGCUUACGGGGCCCCGCUGGACCUGUACCGGGACCUUCAGGAAGACGAGGGCUCGGAGGAGGCCAGCCUCUACGGGGAGCCCUCGCCGGGUGCAGACUCGCCCCCUGUGGAACUGGCCUACAGGCCGCCACUCUGGGAGCAGAGUGCCAAACUGUGGGGCCCUGGGGGUGGGGCCUGGGAGCCCCCAGCAGAGGAGCUGCCUCGAGCCAGCAGCCCCCCCUAUGGGGCCUUGGAGGAGGAGCUGGAGCCUGAGCCCUCUGCCUUCUCUUUCCUUUCACUGCGCCAUGAGCUGAGCCGACCUGGGGACCUGGCUGCUCCUGAAGGCCCUGGGAGCCCAGGGAGGGCCAGUCCUCGACAUGUGCGGGCAGAGGGGGCCUCAGCCUUCGCGCCUGUCCCUGAGCCCUUGAGCUACCAGGCACACAGCUGUCUAGCCCCCGGUGCCCUGCCCACCCUUUGCUGUGACACUUGCCACCAGCUACACGCUGCCCACUGCACAGCCCUAUCAGCCUGCCGCCCCAGCCACUCACUGCGGGCACUGCUCAGCGAGGCCCAGAGGCGCCUGUGGCUGCAGCGUGCACAGGUGGACACCCUGCUGUACGACAGCCCAGGGGCCCGCCCCUAGGCCCAACUGGCUCAGGUCAAGGGUUUUCAGGAAUUUCCAUGGUGCUGCUCUUUUGGAGGGGCCAAGGCCAUUGAAUGCCCUGGUCUCCCGAUCCCUGGGGGAGUCCAGGGAGGUGGGGGCAGAGCCUCCAUGGGAAGCUCCUGCCUGGGGCCAGUACCAGGUCCUCCUCCCCCAGGGGCCAGGCUCAGGCCCAGCUGGCAGUAAGCCCUGAGCUGGAUGGACACACCUGCCAAUGUGCCCCUGUCCUCCAUGCCCAGUAUACUGAGUGAAGGGUCCCCGUCACCAGUGCCCGAACCUGUCCCUGAGAAGGACCCACCCCUUUAAAGUCCCCUCACCUGCUGGCUGGCCUGUAGCUCCUAGUCCAUUCCCUGCAGCCUGUGGUCCAGGACAGCAGGUUGCCCACCCUCCGUGUGGCUUGCUCAGGGGCUGCAGGAACACCAUGAAGGUCCUAAGUUCCACUUGGGCCAAUCUGGGAAGCUGCCAGGUGCCAGCUGAUCUGGUUUGAGGGCCUUGGCCUCCCCACGGUGUCACAGCCAGGGGAUGCUGGCUGGAGGAGCCCAGGCAGCUGUGCCACUUCCUACCCAGUGGAGAGAAGGCUCAGCAACCAGCACCCCUGCUGCCUCCCAGCAGAAGAGGGGGCAAGUCCUGCAGGCCACCCACUGGACUGCUGUGUCCACUGUGGGUCUGUGCAGCUGCUGCAGACCCCAGAGGGAAAAACCACAGCCUGCUUUCCCUGGAGGCCACCUAGGGCCCCUUAGACCAGGGUCCCCAGGACGCCAACCCAUCCAGGGAUGGGUAAGUGCAGAGUCCGCCCUGGCCCAGCUUCAGGGGGCAGGUACGGCGAUCUGUGCCCCAUCCUGCUCUUCCUCCCCAGUGCACUCAGAGGACACUGUCCAUGUCACACAAGCAAGAACCCACAGUGUAUUAAACAGCGGUGAAACCAG